AUGCGCCCCAAGGAUUUCAUGCCUUCCCUGGUGGGGCCCACGUUGCGAUUUCGACGAGGCGAUGAGGUGGAGAUUCGAAUUGAGAACAGACUUAGUGAGCGCGUGAGUGGUCUGCACUGGCACGGAAUCCACCAGCGCUUUAAUGCAUGGGUGGAUGGCGCCAUUGAAAUUACCGACUGCGGUAUUGCCGCGGGGCAUGAUGCUCGCAUUCGGAUCCGGCUCAACCAAACAGGCACCUACUGGUAUCACAGCCACGUGGGCGCGCAGUAUUCGGAGGGUGCAUACGGCGCGCUUGUUAUCGACCCGCCCCUUGGGGAAUUGGACUCAAUUGCAACUCGCUUUCCCUAUGAGCAAGAUUAUGUCCUCAUGCUAGCCGAGUGGUUCCAUGACCCCGGCGUCGAGCUUGGUCGACGCCUACGAAGCCCGUGGCAGGCUUUUCCUGGCUUUCGACCUGCCUAUCCCUGGCCUCCCGUUAGUGUCUUGCUCAAUGGCAAGGGCCGGUUCAACUGCUCGCGCAUCGACCAGUGUCCGUCCGUUGGCGGGAGCACGACUCCAGACCUCGAUGGCAUGUGUACCUACCUUCGGACACCCUUGUGGGGCGACACAUGCGUCUCGGAGCAGCUAACGACGGAAGCUGAUCAGUGGCACUGUCGACCAGGCACAUGGACCCGGUUUCGUGUGGUGGGGGCAGCAGCCAAUCUUCCAUUACGAAUCUGGAUCGAUGGCCACCCGCUCCUGGUCGUGGCCCGCGACGGUGUGGAUGUACAACCUUUCUGGGUCAACCAGUUGACAGUGCCGGUGGGGCAGCGUGUCGACGUCUUGAUCCACUGCAACCAAACCGCCCCAGAUUUUACCGCCAACGGGUUCUUUAUCUUCGCCAGCAUCAAUCAAGCCUUUUUCCCGAAGCCCGAGAAAGGUCGGGCCCUGUAUCGAGAGCUCUAUACGUAUGGGUAUCUGCGUUACUCAAACUUAACCUCCAAUGACCUCCGCUACAACAACCUGAGUCACCUCGAGCUUGCCCCGCCCCUCCUCGACCCGCGAGGCCCUCAUCCGACCAUAGACCUUGCUGAUGACGAUGAGCGCUGUGACGAUAAUGAUGUGCUGCAAGAAUAUGACAUGCGACCGCUGGAGGGCAGCAAGGACGGCCCUGAAGGCAAGAAUGGUCAAGUCUACACGGAUGGCAAUAUCAGUCCACAAGCUCCGCCAGCUACCCGGCGCAUUGUGCUGCGUUCUGCAGUGUUAUGGGACGAGCAGCGGGGCAGUCCAACGGAGUGGUGGGUUACCGAUAAUCGCUCUUUUGUGGCACCGCCACGGCCCUUGCUUCACCAACGCGUUUUUGAUGACGCCCGCGAGCUAACAGUGCUGCCAACACGCGAGCCAGCGGCUACCAGUCACGGACUACGCCGUGAGACCUACGUCCUUGAUCUCGACCUUGGCGAGGUGGUAGAGUUUGUCAUCGUGAGCUACAGCGGGCAGCAGCACCCGUGGCAUGUGCACGGGCAUCGUGUCUGGAUGCUGGGUGCAGAUCGCGUCGCGCCCGCCCACUCAGAUGGAGGCCCAAAGGUCUUUGCCGACCUUGAUGCUUUCGAGUAUGAUGGGCACUUUGGACAGCUCAACGCGACUACUUCCGCGCUGCCGGGGGACUCGUGGACCAUUCCCGAGUACGGGUAUAUGGUGUUUCGCAUGCGCGCCGACAAUCCUGGUCCAUGGCUCCUUCAUUGCCAUGUGAGCUGGCACAUGCUGACUGGGAUGGCCCUGGUUCUGGACGUGGGUGCACGUCAGAGCUACCGCGGGCUUUUGCCCCCCCCUUUAGCCAGCGACCAAAAUCUGUGCAACUACCAGGGCCGAGCUCCGCACACUGUCAUGACCAGCACGACCACGACUGGUCACACCUCGGUGCCAUCUAGUCCCGCUGCUUCCGACGCUGGUGUUGUAGACUCUUUAACCCAGCGCUCAGGUCUGAGCGCCACGACCAUUGGCAGUAUCAGCAUUCUUGUGCUGACUGCGGUGGGAAUCGGUGGGGCGCUGGUCAUGCGCUACUGGGCUCGGCGUCCACCCGCCACGCGCUACUCCAGAGUUCGGGCCGAGCCCACCUCGGCAGAGCCGAGUCGGGCUUCCUCCGUUUCACGUUUGUAG